AUGAUAUUCCCAAUUGGUAUUCCAAUGCUUCGAAAAAAGCGAGAGAGCGCUCAGGAAGCAGUUUCUCUGCGAGAAGCUGCGGAACGUCGAUCACAAUUCGCUCGUGUUCCAGCUCGAUCUGUUUCAGCACCUCCAAGGAAAAAGUGGUUCAGAUCGAAGCAACAACUAUCAGGCGCCACCGAUGGAAUGGAUGGCUCAUCGCGUGCCGGCUCUCAGGAAAUUGUUUGUGAUGAAUUCACAAAGAAACUUGUGGCAGCCAUCACUACGUGGCACGAUAUUCAUUCGUCACUUCUGCAGUUGUCCAUCGAAAGAUCUUCAAACGACUCGAACGAAGAUGAGAAUGUAUCGGAGAAUGUAUCAGAAUCUUCAUGGUCUUCUGCCUCUGAAUCGGAUUCUGAUGAUGAUGGAAAUGGAGAUGGAAAAGAGAGUUCUAGUAACCAUCUAUCAGCUUCAGCAGCACGAUUCUCAAUUUCAAAUCCAGAUUUGACGAACUGUCAGAUCAAACAAAUGUUUCCGGAGAUGGCUGAUCAUUGGAGGUAG